AUGACUGGUCUGGAUCUCAUUUUAGGAUUGGAUUGUUUGUCUAAAAACCAUGUUUUGCUUGACUGUUCUGAGAAAUCAGUGUACUUCAUGCCAAAAGAAUCGAAAGGGCCGGUUGUGGCGAAUAGAUACUACUUGAACUCCAUGAUAGUAAACUGUUCUAGAUAUGAAUGUCAGGGUAUUAUGCUAUUAACUGCAGGUGUUUCGGGUGAUGACCAAAGCCUAGAGCAAAUUCCGGUUGUUUGUGAAUUUCCUGAGAUGUUUCUGGACGACAUUGAUGAAUUUCCACCUAAUCGAGAGCUUGAGUUUGCAAUUGAGAUGGUGCUUGGAGCAGGUCCAAUCUCGAGUGUACCUUAUAGGAUGUCACCUUUGGAGAUGGCCAAGCUUAAGGCUCAACUGGAAGACUUAAUCGGUAAACGUUUCAUUUGGCCGAGUGUUUCUCCGUAA